CGCCAGCUAUUCACUGCGUUGAUGUGUUGAUAUUGAGAUAUUUUCAGUUAUCAAAUAUGAAUCAUGCAUUUGAUAUUUCUGGCCACUUUGCUCGUCAGCAUCCUUUCGCCCUGGCUUCAUCCAUCACUAGCGUCAUCCGUUUCUCAAGGAGUAGAGGACAAGGUUGAGAGGGACGCAGUGCCAGCCCUGCUGAAGCAACAGGCAACUGCAGCACCUGCUACAGACAACAGUACACGCCAUGCAGUAGAGCAUGUGAUCACCUAUCCCUCGCGGUUGAUCUACUACCUAAACGAGGAUUCGGAGAGUACCUACCAUGACCUGGACACCCGGGCCAAGAACCAAGCCACGGAGGGCAAGGCGGUCCACCUCGCCCAAGCCAGUUUCCAGUUAGAGGCAUUUGGCACCAGGUUCGUUCUGGAUCUUGCGUUGAACAAUGACUUGCUGUCUUCAGAUUAUGUUGAGAUCCACUAUGAGGGAGGAAAGCCCGUUCUGUCAAAGGGCGGUGAGCACUGUUACUACCACGGCCAGGUGAGAGGGAACGAGAACUCCCGUGCGGCCUUAUCUACCUGCAACGGGCUGCAUGGGAUGUUUGAUGAUGGAGUCUAUAUGUAUCUAAUUGAGCCCUUACAGCAGACUCAUUCAAUCGAUACAGCUGCAAGGCCACACAAAUUAAGAAGAACAGCCACACUUGACUGGAACGAUGAUUCAGAGGAACCGGUCGAGGAGGAGCAGCUCUUCUCGGAGCUCGAUGACUUGUCCUGGCUGAAGCGCAGGAAAAAGCGAGCUAUGCCUCGCAGUGUUUUUGAGGAGAUGAAGUAUUUGGAGAUCAUGAUUGUCAGUGACCACAGCAUGUAUAAACGACACAAGACCAAGCAGCACACAAGGAAUUUUGCCAAGUCGGUGGUGAAUCUUGUGGAUGCUGUCUUCAAAGAGCAACUGCAUACACGUGUGGUGCUCGUUGCCGUGGAGAUCUGGACAGACAAGGAUCACAUCCCCAUCAGCGUGCGGCCACUGGAGAUGCUGCGGGAUUUCGCCAAGUACCGGCAGCAGAGCAUCAAACACCACGCUGACGCUGUGCACCUCAUCUCGAAUGUGACCUUCCACUACCGCAGAAGCAGCGCAGCAUACUUUGGAGGGAUGUGUUCUUCGAGUCGUGGAGUAGGGGUCAAUGAGUAUGGCAACAGCUUGGCCAUGGCGGGGUCUCUAUCCCAGAGUCUGGCUCAGAACCUGGGUAUCCAGUGGGACCCUGCAUCCAAGAGAAAGGAAUGUGGUUGUGUUGAGACGUGGACUGGAUGCAUAAUGGAGGACACGGGGGUCCAACACCCACGGAGAUUCUCGAAAUGCAGCAUCACAGACUACAAAGAGUUCCUUCUGAAAGGUGGAGGCUCGUGUCUGUUUAACAGGCCCACCAAGCUGUUCGAGCCGACAGAAUGUGGUAACGGAUUUGUAGAGGUGGGAGAGGAGUGUGACUGCGGAGCGAGAGCAGAGUGCUACAAGGAAUGCUGCAAAAAGUGUUCCCUCGCCAAUGGGGCGCACUGCAGCGACGGCCCAUGCUGCAAUAACACGUGUCUGUUCUAUCCACGAGGUUACAGUUGCCGUUACGCUGUGAAUGACUGUGACAUCUCAGAGACCUGCUCCGGGGAUUCUGGACAGUGCCCUCCCAAUCUUCAUAAACAAGAUGGUUACCUCUGUCAGGUGAACCAGGGCCGCUGCUACAAUGGAGAAUGCAAGACAAGAGAGAACCAGUGUAAAUACAUCUGGGGAUCAAAAUCUGGAGGCUCGGAGAAGUUCUGCUAUGAGAAGCUGAACACGGAGGGCACAGAGAAAGGCAACUGUGGAAAGGAUGGAGACAAAUGGAUCCAGUGUAGCAAACAUGAUGUGUUCUGUGGUUACCUUUUGUGUACCAACAUUGGUCGGAACCCACGCAUUGGUAUAAUGAAAGGAGAAAUUACUCCAGCUUCCUUCAACCAUCAGGGCAGGCUGGUAGACUGCAGUGGUGGACAUGUCCUUCUGGAUGAUGAGACUGAUUUAGGCUACGUGGAGGAUGGAACCCCCUGUGGGCCGUCGAUGAUGUGCCUUGACCGCAAGUGUCUGCCCAUCCAGUCACUCAACAUGAGCACUUGUCCUACUGGACCUAAUGGACAGGUGUGCUCUGCCCAUGGGGUGUGCAACAAUGAAGCCACAUGCACGUGUGACACCACCUGGGCGGGGACAGACUGUAGCAUGCCUGACCCGCCUAAAGAGCCUGAGGUCGAUCAGGACGAAGGACCCAAGGUGAGCGUGGCCACUAACAGGCUGAUAGGGGCAGUAGCAGGGACCAUUCUGGCCCUGGGGGUGAUUUUUGGAGGCACAGGGUGGGGAAUAGAAAAUGUGAAGAAACGGAGGUAUGACCCCAACGCCACAGCCAUUUAACCCAAGGAGAGCUGGCAAAUCACAGACGGACUCCUCCAAGGCUUCCUUAGUUGGCUACCUGACAGCUGGACUGCACUUAUUGCUGCUGAUCUUUGGCAUUAGAUUUACUUGAACAAAGACAUAGUGGACAUUUUAAUAAAUUCCAUCGUAGUUACAUUAGAAACGCAGCCUUUUCAACUCCACCUCCACCCAUAUAACAAACCCACAACCCCCGACACCCUGAUCUCUAGAGUGACAGAUCUCCUCUUCCAUUCUUUAGUGCCAGUGCACAGGCGUUCAGGCGGAAUCCACACCACUCUCUCACCUGGCAUGAUUAUCCGCACAAAGCGUGCUGCUUGCUGGCCCCCCUGGCAUGAAGAGCCCUCUCUGCAGGGCUCUGCAUGGCUACGAAAGCUAUGACUAUACCGCAAAAAAACAUACAAAGAGAAAAAAAAAAUGAUUUAACUAAGGCGGCGGAGAGCCUGGUUAAACAACAAACACAGUGGAGAGCCGGUUAAAGCUCCUAUAGUUCACGUUUAGGUGCUAUAGACGACUAAGGAGGCUGCAUGUGAGGACCCAUAAGGGACCGUGUAUUUCACACAGUGAAUGCACGCAAACAAAAUUGUACAUAAACAAAGAGUUCAGGUUUGGUAUUAACAGCAUUUUACAAGAACAUAAAUUGCUUUUGUUUUUUUUGUUUUUUAUCUUAGCAUGUUGUAUAGCGGGUGUUUUUGGCAAUGUUAUCAUAAAAAAAUGUAAAGAAUAAAAAAAUGGUGAUUUGGGCCGAAAUUGUCAUCGCACGCUGCACAGCCUCCAGGUCAAAGGUUAGAAGACAGAGCAGCUGUGGUGUCGAGGAGAAGCAUGUCAGUUCUAGAGGGAUUCAGACUGAUAUCGCGUCAGAUUAACGUCACAAGAUUCCCCCCCUUCCCCUCCCGAAGUAUCUUCAACAGUGACUCAAAAGCCAAAGAACCAAUCACAUGAACAUAUGGAUGUUGUUGCACACAGAGCACUUUCCCCCCCCUCUGUCUGCAGCCAGUGGUGCCUCUCCUUCUGCUGAGGGCAUGAAGUCUGUCCACGCAGGCGCUCACCUGUCCAGCCAGGUCUCACGUAACAGUCCUCAUCAACACCCACUAUACCGGCUUAAAACCUUUUUGCUCUCAUAAACUCUUAGUAGAAAAUCAAGUUCUCGAGCUCUACUGGAAACGCUGCAUGCAAUCACUAUAGUGGGCUUAUAAUUCUAUAGGCUAUGGCAGUCCCCAAAAUCUGCAAGAAAAAUACGCUACAAAAGAUAGGUGCAUGUCAACAACAACAAAAAAAAAAACAUUUAACUUUUAUUUACUAUGCAAAGAGAGAUAUUGCACAAAAGUAUGGGUAAUAAUGAUAUCAGUGUAGACACGGAAUUACUAAAACUCUUGCUAAUCAGCUACUCUUUUUGUAUUUGGCCACACCCACGUCUCGUUUCACUUCGCUUCAACGUACGCAAACUAUGGAUGGACAAAUAAUAAAAAGAACUGAAGUAAUAUUUCCAACGAAAAGCGAGAGAGCACCCUUUUACAUUUGUGGAACUGAAAAAAAUAAUAAAAAAUCAUUUUUGUGUGUUUUUCAUCUGAUCUGAUAUUUUUAAUCACACACAUGCACAAACACGUACACAAACACACUGUUAUGGUGCCUGUGCAUAUUGAGGCCUGAACAGUUUCCUUGUGCAGGGCUAUUAUUUUCCAGUCCAGCUGAUAGUUGGUGUGUUCCAGGUGCUGCCAUAGCACUGGCAUCGUUGUAAUCCUCCAUGUUACUCAUCGUCUGGUGUCCCUCUCUCACUGCAUUAUGUACAGUUGGACCGAUGAAUAAACUACUGACAAAUUUUAA